CGCCCGUCCCUUCCGGCACCCCCGGCACUUCCAACAUGGCGGCGCCGCCGUCGCUGCGGGCCGGGCCCGGUGGUUCCCGGUAGUUCCCGGAGCAUCGCGCGGGUUCUGAUGGGGCCCGGCGGCCUCACGGUGCUGCUGGCGGUGCUGAGCGCGGUGCCGGGCGGGCUGCGCCCGGCGGCGGCGGCGGCGGCGGCGGUGGUGAGCGAGGAGCGGCCCGCGAGCCCCGCGGUGGCCACGCCGUGCUGGCGAGUGGAGCAGUUCGUGGUUGCCCAGGAGUGCACGCGGUGCUCCGGCUUCCAGAUGAAGACGAUCCCGGCCUGCGGCUCCACCGGCUUCAUCGAGAGGAUCAACUGCGCCUCGUCCCAGCGGGAUGAGUACAAGAGCUGCCGCUCGGCCGCGCUGGAGGCGCAGCGCUUCUGGCGCUUCGUGGGCUCGGCGCUGGGCGUGGCGCUGGCGGCGGCGGCGCUGGUGGUGCUGCGGCAGCGCGUGCUGGACCGCCGGGCGCUGGAGAAGGUGCGCAAGCAGAUCGAGUCCAUUUAGCCGGAGGCUCGGGAAUUCCGGAGGAGAAGCGGCCUCUGCCUUGCUGCCCGCACCGGGAAUCCCGCUGGGAUCUGUGGGGAGCGUCCCGGGGAUCCCCGGAGCGGGUGUGGAAUAAAUCCCGGUCACUGCUCCCGGAGUGACGCUGUGUUCGUGCCGUGGGGGGGGUCCCUGUGCCCCCAGCGCUGGGAUCUGCUCUGGGAUCAUCCUGGGCGUCCCCAGGGCCCCACUCCAGGAGAGGGAUGUGGAAUAAAUCCUGGUCGUCGUUCCUGGAGCGAUGCUGUGUUUGUUCCUUGGGGAGGGACCCUCCAGCGCUGGGAUCUACCUGGGAGCAUUGCUGAGGGAACCCCCCCCAGGAGCAGAAUGUGGAAUAAAUCCUGAUUAAUGUCA